AUGUCCUGCCAGCAGAACCAGCAGCAGUGCCAGCCCCCUCCCAAGUGCCCUCCCAAGUGCCCUCCCAAGUGCCAGACCCCAAAGUGCCCUCCAAAGUGUCCCCCUAAAUGUCCUCCCAAGUGCCCCCCUGUGUCUUCCUGCUGUAGCCUGGGUUCCGGGGGCUGCUGCAGCUCUGGUGGCUGCUGUGGCUCCAGCUCUGGGGGCUGCUGCAGCUCUGGGGGUGGAGGCUGCUGCCUGAGCCACCACAGACCCCGCAGAUCUCUCCGUCGCCAUCGCCACAGCUCUGGAUGCUGUAGCAGUGGUGGCAGCAGUGGCUGCUGUGGCAGCAGCGGUGGCAGCAGUGGUGGCUGCUGUGGCAGCAGCUGUGGCGGCAACCAGCAGUCUGGGGACUGUUGCUGA